CUUUGCCGGCCUCAGCUCAGCGUUCUUUUUCCGACUUCACUUCCUUUACAAUGGAUUUUUCACCUGAAGAAACAGAAACUCUUCGCAAGCGGCUGUUGAUCGUUCUCGAGCCAUUCACUGAAGCCGAUCCAGAAGCAUUGCUAGAUUUUAUUCUUUUGUUCAUCAACAAAGGAUCGUCUCGUGAUGAUUUGUUGACCACUUACAAGAAUGAGUUAUCCGUUUUUUGUGAAGAAAACACAGACAAGGCAGUUGAAGCCGUAUUUAACGUAAUCGACGGGAUUAUCGCAGCGCGUGACAAUACCAGCUCGUCGACAGCUCAGAAAACACCAGCAGCAGUAGCAACAACACUAAAAAAUGAUGUUGAUGAAAUAGUGACAGGACGAAAGCGUGAAAAGGAAGAAAGCGAUGACGAAGAAGACGAUGAUCGUAACUUUAAGCGACGGAACGUGAACGUUGAAGAAGAGACGGUUGUUAAUGAUAUUUCCCACGCUGCCACAACGGAUAUCACCUCAGCAACAACAUCAAAACGCAAAAAUCCAGAAGAUUCACAUACCAAUGAAGAAGAACGGCCUACCAAGCUGUCACGGUCGCCUGAACAAGAACGAGUCUUUUCAACCUUACCUGAACACUUGCGUAAGCGUCUUGGAAACCGUGCAGAAAUACCAAAUCAACAACAAGAGCCAAGAAUUCGACAACCUUGUCGUCACUUUGAAGAACGUGGCUUUUGUCUGUUUGGUGACAGUUGUAGAUAUGAUCAUGGUCAAAAUGUCGCCGUUGCAGAUUAUUCAAAUUUCCAAGCCAUGUUCAGCACGCCUGGUUCUGCCCCGAUGUCAAACCCCAUGAUGAUGAAUAUGUCAGGUCAGGUCACCCCUUAUAAUAUGACUACAACGCCCUACGAAUUUAAAAAUCCCGCCGACAUGGCCGAAACGCCCAAACAGCCGCAACAUCAGAACCAACAACCGCAACCGCAACAACGGCACCAUCAGCAGCAAAGUUACCAAGAAGUACCUUAUACUACUCGAUACAACAAGAACAGCACGCGUCUCGUCAUUGAGAAGAUCCCCACCGAAGCAUGCACUAUCGACUCUGUCACCGAAACUUUUAAAAGGUUUGGUACCAUUGUGGAUAUUGAGCUGCAGCCUGAAAACCAGCGCGCGUUCCUCGAGUUCAAGACGCAUGAUGAAGCUUUAAAAGCGCAUCAAUCACCCGAAGUCCUAUUUAACAACCGUUUCGUCAAGGUGUUUUGGCGUAAAGAGUCCCAGCAGCAACAGCAACAAUAUAAGCAACAGGAGCAACAGCAACAGCAUGCAGAACCGGAUCCGGAGCUUGUCAAGAAGCGUGCAGCAGAACUUGCAAAGAUACGCGAAGAGCAACAACGACGGAAAAAGGAACAACUAGAGAAGCAAAUCGAGUAUAACAAAAAGAAGCAAGAAAUUGCGCGGCGCAAUCUGGAACUUGCUAUGUUGAAGGCCAAGGUGGCUGCCAUGGAAGCAAAAAAACAAGGUGGACCUACUGCUGCAGAAGAAGGACAAGGCUCGGCUACUAAUGUGGAUACGGAGUAGAAAGAUCAAUAGAACAGGCUCCCUUCUUUCAUAUUCAUACACCAUAGCAUGAUAAUACUUUUAUAAAUAAUACACCUGUUUGUUUAAUCUUUUGCUGGAGGAUUCAUAAUCC